GGCCCCAACCUCUCCCCACGACCCCGCAGUAAUUUACAUGGUGCCAAAAUCGUCAUCCCGAUCCUCUUUCUUCUUCUCUCCCAUACCCUACCUACCUCACAUUUCUCUCCAACAUUCCAACCUCUGAAAGUCUGAACUGUGUAGGAGAAACACCAAGACAUCCAGACAAAGGAGCCUCUCACGAUACCUACACCAUGCCUCAAUCAAAACGAAAAGACCCCAAAGCGUUUCCUACGCGCCAACUGGCCGUUCUUGCGAUAUGUCGAUUCUCCGAGCCCAUCGCCUUCAAUUCCAUUCUGGCCUACACCUAUGAAAUGGUCAAGGAUCUCGGCAUGAAGGAGGACGCCGGUUUUUACGCAGGUCUUUUGAUCUCCGCCUACGCAGUCGCCGAGGCCAUGACCUCAAUGGGAUGGGGAACGCUGUCCGAUCGUAUCGGUCGCAAACCCGUCGUGCUAUUUGGUCUGGUCGGUGUCGCCAUCUCGAGUUUGAUCUUCGGCUUCGCAAAGUCGUACUGGGUCGCUUUACUGGCCCGUUUUGUUGGUGGCGCCCUCAAUGGCAACGUUUCCGUUAUGCAGACCAUGGUGGCAGAAAUGGUCAAAAAUCCCGACCAUGAGCCCAAGGCCUACGCCGUACAACCCUUCGUAUGGACACUGGGCGGCAUUAUUGGCUCUGCCAUGGGCGGUUUCCUCGCCCAACCCGCCGUCUACUACCCUUCAGUAUUCUCUCAAGAUGGCGUUUUCGGCCGGAAUCCGUACUUGCUUCCAAACCUGGUGUCCAUGGCAGCAAUCUCCCUUGCUGUCCUGCAGGGUGCUUUCUUCUUGGAGGAGACUCUCGAAUUCGAGGAGGACGACGACCUCCACAAUGGUCGCAACAGCGUCGCCGUCGAUGAUGAUGACGCCGUCGAUGAGACCACGCCCCUACGCCGUGCACCAAUCCGAACCUUCAACCCGCGUCGUUCAAUUUCCACCAGCCAUUCGCGACCGCGCUUUGCGGAAUCUAGCUUGCCCAUGCCUUUCGAGCACGACUUUGACCUGAGGAGAUCGUCCUUUGGAACGGUACAUUCGAUCAAGGUUAUCCCCGAAGACCUGCGGCAACACCUCUUGAACUCUCGUGCCCAGGCUACGGGACAGAAGAAGGUCAAGACGUUCAACAAGACCGUCGUCAUGCUCAUCGCUGCCUUCAUCAUCUUCUCGUACCACCAGAUGGCCGCCGGUACUCUCUUGCCCACGUAUCUACUCGACGAUCCCUCUGACCCCAAGCAUCCGCGCGGACACCUCGAUUUGCGUGGUGGUCUGGGAUACUCCCUCCACGACGUCGGUGUUUAUCUGGCCAUCAACGGUGUUCUUGGACUGCUCAUCCAGGGUCUCAUUUUCCCCAUCUUUGUAGAACGCGUCGGUGUUUGGGGCUCCUUCAUUUCCAUGAUUGUCGUAUACCCAACCGCGUAUUUGCUGCUGCCUUUCUUGUCCGCCCUGCCUGAAAGCCUCACCGAGGCUGGUAUUUGGUUUUCCCUCAUCAUGCAGAGUUUCUACGGUAUCAUCAUUGGCCCCGUCACCCUUAUCCUGAUCAAGAACGCAACGCCCACAUCGCAAGCCCUCGGAAAGGUCAAUGGCGUGGCCAUGUCCGGUGCCUGUCUGGCAAGAACCGUCUCCCCGCCCCUCGUGGGAGUCAUUUACAGCGUCGCUGGCUCUGCUGCGGCCUGGUUCAGCUGUGCCCUCUUCGCCGUUGUUGGACUGAUACAGGUCAUCUGGGUGCCCAAGAAGCACAUCGACGUGGACCACGUUGAGAUUGACAAUGCGAUCUCGAGACGUUUCUCAGUUACAUCCAUGAGGAGAGACAGCAUCGAAUCAUCCCGUGGCCGCCGCUCGAAUGGUGUUGUUUAGGUGGAUGAAAGCAAAUGCUCGACAUGCCUGCAACCAACCCACUGGGGCGAGGGGGAGUUUACCAACGACCAUGCUGAUCUUUUUUGCUUCUUUGACCUUCCAUCCUUCUCAUCAUACCUUUGUUGCGUUCUAUGGCAUUGGCAUAUGUGCGAAGCUGUGCGACAACAUUCUCAUUUAAUGAGCCUUUUGGUAACGGUCUAUCAUGGGGUGUUUUGAUAUUAUCUGAUCUAUGAUUUUCUGUGGUGUUGAUAUACGCGCUCAUGGUCUUAUGACGUUUUCCAGAAUGGAAUGCAGGCGUUCUAUAUAUACACGAAUCUCUUUUUUAUGUUGACAACAUUUACGAAUGAUUGUUUACUCGCGGGAGUUAGCCACGCAUACGAAUUGACUUUAUUCCAUCCUUUCGA